UCGAUCCCAGUUUUAUCUCUGCGGUGCAGUUACAAAACUUGAAUGAUACCAUCACUGCAACCAACGACAACAUAGAUGCCGAUCAAAUAAUUGUAAAUGGGUCAAUGGAUAGCGAAGAUGCAAGCGGUAGUAAGAUUGGAAAGAAAUGUUUAUCCAUCGGAUAUAACAGUAACUCUUUACCGGAUAUAUAUAACAAAAUUAUGGAACGUUAUCGAAAGAAUUUGCAUCCAAACUUCGGAAGUCAGGAGACGUUUAACGUCACCAUUAAUUCUCGGUUGGAAACGUUGAUACAACUGGAUCAGGUAGAGGAGCGACUUUCGUCUGUGAUGUCGUUCACAAUCAAUUGGAGAGACACUCGGCUCGACUGGAUGAACGAUAUCUUGUGCCUUGUAAAUCAAAACGUGUCGGCCAAAUUGCCACGGCAGGCAUUCUUCAUGGAACUUGAUAAGGAGCUGAUUUGGAGACCGUCAAUAACAAUCGCUAAUCCGCAUAGCCCAAGAUACAUGCUGUCAGACAACAUUGGGAGUCAAGUCGUCGACGUUAUGUUCCUUGGCGAGGUUACAUGGGAAUACUCGCAAAUAGUGGAAACCCGAUGUAGUGUUGAUAGCACUCAUUUCCCGUUCGACAAACAGUUUUGUGAAAUACAGAUAUCGGUACCAUCGUAUUCUGGCAGCGAGAUCUCACUCACGCAUUGUAUCAAUCCAGAUACUUUGUCUACUGGAGAGUGGCAAAUUUUAACUUUCAAACAGUUUCAAACAAAGAAAAAAAUAGGAUUUCGUCAGGGUUUUUAUUAUCGAAUAUGA